AUGUCGAAGCAUUCGUCUGCAGAAGAAGAUGAUGUGCGAAGACCACAAGAACGUAUGAAUGAAUACUUGUCCGAUCCUGAUCUCGUGUCUAUUCCGUCUGAUGAUCAACCGCAAAACUUUCCCUCCGAGUCGAGAACUACGAGAGAUCGCAGCGACUCCCGCGAUGACGGCUACCAUUACAACCCCCGAGCAGAUUUCCAUCCAAAUCACACAAUCUCGGCUUCUUCUUCGUACAUUCCGAAUCUUGUUGACGGAUUUCAUGGCUUCCCAGUGCAAGAAGUGAUUCCCAGCACACAACUUCAUAUGCAUAAGAUGCAUGCCGGUUCAAGUGGUGGGCAUUCUUCUGGAUAUCGAUCUAGAGCCGGGACAGGGGCUUCAGGCAUGGCACAUCCCCAGUCCUUGCGUUCUAGGGCAACUUCUUCCGCCCACCCAGGCGAAAGCCGACAUGCAUCUCAUGACGAUGGGGAAGUGGGAGAGGAUGGAGACACCGACCAAGAUCACCAAAGUGUUCCAAUGAUGGUAAGACCAAAAGCUUUGUAUCAAAACCCUCAAACACCUUCCGUCCUUCCGUCUUCUUAUCAUCCAAUUAAUAAGUGGUCUUCCGUUAAGCAUUAUUAUCUGAAAGAGAUUUUGGCCGAAUUUCUGGGUACUCUGGUAAUGAUGUUUUUCGGUUGUGCUGUAUCUUGCCAGGUGAAGCUGGGUCAACAAAAUCAAAAGAACGUUUUUUUGAAGCAACUGGCGGAAUCUAAUAUUCCUGGCGCUCAGGAACUUGCUCUUUUACAAAAUCUUGUUCUGCCAGAUCCCAACGGUACUUUUGAUGAUAUAGCGUUCUGCUGGGCCGGUGCAGUGGUUAUGGGCUAUUUCGCUUCAGGCGGUAGUGCUAUCUCUGGUGCUCAUUUAAAUCCUUCAAUUACAAUCACCAAUUGCAUAUUCCGUGGCUUUCCAUGGGUCAAAGCACCCUUCUAUUUGGCAGGGCAGGUGGCCGGAUCUUAUGCCGGGUCACUUAUUAUAUUCAUUUACUACAAGAGAGUAAUUCAAGAGGUAUUUCCUGAUUGGCAGACAAAUGAAUCAGUAGCAGGAAUGUUUUGCACAGUACCCCUUGCCUAUUUGUCAACUACAAGACAGUUUGUGGGCGAAUACGUGAUAGGUGCCUUCCUUCAAUGUGGAAUUUUCGCUUUGACAGAUCCUUAUACCUGUUUGUCGUCAGAUUUGUUUCCACUUUGGUUGUUUAUUCUCAUCUAUUGCCUAAAUGCAUCUGUAUCACUCCAGACUGCGGCCGCUUUGAAUGCAGCAAGGGAUAUAGGUCCAAGGCUGGCUUUAUACACUGUGGGGGUCAACAGGAGCUUACUCUGGUCAGCUCAUCGUCAUUUUUUCUGGAUACCCUUGGUAGCUCCAUUCGUAGGUGCCAUCACCGGAGCAAUAGUCUACGAUAUUUCCAUUUACAGAGGUCACGAGUCGCCCUUGAACUGGCCUCUAAACAUGUACAAGGAGAAAUUACUUCGGGCCUGGAUUAGAAGGCCAAGAUUUUACAAACGUGACCGCAAACGGUCUUCCAGCAGCUUGAGCGAUUGGGCAUUUGAUGAAGAUGCGGAGCGUAGCUCCUCGAGAAAUAGCGAAGAGGGAGAAAGGCCAAGGAGAGAUUCCCUCGAUCACGAACCAAUUCAAAAAGUCGUUCAAUUUAAGAGUUUGGCCAAAAAUACAAACGCCAGGAGAAAUCAUACUUCUGGGAUUCCUACAAUUUUUGAGGAACCCGAUGAUGAUGAAGAUGAUGAUUCCAGCAGCAGCAAUGGCGAGGAUUUACUGCCACGCAAACAGGAACAGAAAAGCAAGCAGGCCCACAAAUCCAAGAAGUCCAAUUUUUUGAAAAAAAAGACCCCAUAA